AUGACGACUAUGGACAAGGCGUGGAGUAAUUGGCAGAGAAAGCUGUAUAUCUCGAUUAGAAGUAUCCUAAUUCAAGUAAACCGAGAACGUCUUAGGAUCAACAAUCUACAGUAUCGUGGCUACGAAGAUGUCUGGUAUGGUGUAUGGGAUACUUUCUUGAACAUGAACAUUGCACGCUUCGAGUCCGUUGGCCUCAUACCCCAGCCGCGCAUUGUCCGGAGAUUUGGGAAGGAGGGAAAGGAACGUAUUACAUGGAGAAUCCCCGACUUCGGAAUCGUGCGCCACAUUGGAAGGCGACGCGGAUAUAGUAGAGGUCGACGAGUAUGGAUUGAAGAGCAGUCAAGGCUUGUUGCCAUUAUCGAAAUCAAAUGUGUUCCUAUCAACAACUCACCACUCCUGGUAUUGGACGCUCUCAACGAGGCUCGCGGAGAUCUUAUAAAUCAAGUGGAACUCUUCUUCGAGGCAAAUCCCGACGUGGACUCGAUCAUAGGAAUCUCUGUUGCAGGCGAUUGGUGGUCAUAUGAAAAGUUUACCAGGGGCAAUAAUCCAACUGUGCAGAGGAAGAAACGUGAUACUGACGGUUAUAUUUCAUCCUCGGACUUGCCCAGCAGUCAAGAGCAUGACGGGUCUGAAAGAAGCCAGAGCGAAGAUUCUGACAGUGAGUCCGGUGAUGAAUCCAAUGAAGACUCCAAACAAGGGCCCAACAACGAUAAUUCGGGCUCCGAUAGUGAUUCUGGUAAUGGGUCCACUGAAGACUCUGGCGAUGAGUCAACUGAUGAAGACGACGAUGUUGGCAGCAAUCACAGCAAUAGCAUUGGUUCUAAUCAGGACAACCACCCUGCUGACGAAUCUGGUGACCGGGCUAAUGACAACAAUGACAACAAUGACAACGAGACAUCGGAAACAGAUUCAUCCAAAGAUGAACUCGACGUUAUAAGCCAGGAUGAAGACCCGAUUGCAGAAGGAUACGUUCCCUACAGGCGGUGUAGGAGUAUAAGUGGUGGGCUCAAACACUUUUACCAAUUACAGACCGAUAGUAGCAAUGCUGCAAUAACUGCAUUGUUUGAAGCAAUUAGAGAUUUACCGUCCUGCAGAGACGUUUUCGAGCAACCUUUUUAA